GGUUGGAGGCCCACCCUGACUCCUUAGCCUCUCUCUGCCUCUCCUCUAUCACCACUCGCCCGUUUUCCGGCGUCGCACGGUAGUUUGUUCGACCACAGCCACGGACCACCUCAGCCAUCACCGCCUCGCCCGUUUUCUGGCGUCGCACAGUCGUUUACUCGACCAUUGGGCAGAUCUCUUGCACUACUUGAGAUUGUUGGGAGAAGCGAUCUGCGAAUACCAAACCUUGGAAUCUGUAUUGAUCUCAGAUAAGCUUCACUAGCUAUAUCGAUGGCUCCUGUUGCUCCCAGAUCUGGAGAUGCGAUUUUUGCCAGUGUUGAUCACGUGAACGCCGAGCUCUUCACCCUUACCUAUGGGGCCAUCGUGCGCCAACUCCUUACGGAUCUGGAGGAGGUCGAUGAAGUCAACAAGCAGCUUGAUCAAAUGGGUUAUAAUAUUGGAAUCCGACUAAUUGAUGAGUUCUUGGCCAAAUCCAAUGUCUCCAGAUGUGUGGACUUUAGAGAAACUGCUGACGUGAUUGCAAAGGUUGGUUUGAAAAUGUUCUUAGGGGUCACAGCAUCUGUGGCAAAUUGGGAUAUUGAUGGAACCUGCUGCAGUAUCAUUUUGGAGGAUAACCCACUAGUGGACUUUGUUGAACUUCCUGACACUUGUCAAGGUCUAUACUAUUGCAACAUUAUUAGUGGCGUUAUCAGAGGAGCUUUAGAGAUGGUAUCCUUGAAGACUGAAGUAACCUGGCUUCGAGAUAUGCUUAGAGGGGACGAUGUAUUUGAGUUGCAGUUGAAGCUUUUGAAGCAAGUUCCUGAGGAGUAUCCAUACAAAGAUGACGAAUAAUGCACCACACGGACUCUGCCACCUGUAAAUGUUCUACUUACAACCUUCAUAUCCUUUUGUUUGUUGUAACAAAAAGAUUCGCACCCUUCAAUGUUUAAUUCUCUAAUAUUCGACUUUUAUGGCAUGCUUUAUCUUUGAACUACA